AUGACGUUUGUGUGCAGUACACUGACUCAUAUGUUCCUUCCCAUUCCUCCCACAGACAGCGAAUUGGGCCCAGACCAUCGGAUUUCAGGUAACGUGACGACGGGCCUGCCAGGAAACACCACAGCCAACAAUGAAUUCGUCACCAUCGUCUUACCCGUGCUUUACCUCAUAAUAUUUGUGGCAAGCCUCUUGCUGAACGGACUGGCCGUGUGGAUUUUCUUCCACAUCCGAAACAAAACCAGCUUCAUAUUUUACCUUAAAAACAUCGUGGUCGCAGACCUGAUCAUGACGCUGACCUUUCCGUUUAGAAUAGUUCACGAUGCCGGGUUUGGGCCAUGGGACUUCAAGUUUUUCCUCUGUCGCUACACCUCGGUCCUGUUUUACGCCAACAUGUACACGUCCAUUGUGUUUCUGGGGUUGAUCAGCAUCGACCGGUACCUGAAGGUGGUGAAGCCAUUUGGCGACUCCAGGAUGUACAGUGUCACAUUUACCAAGGUCUUAUCCGUCUGCGUCUGGGUGGUCAUGGGUAUUCUCUCCUUACCUAAUCUGAUCCUGACGAACGGUCAUCCCACCAAGGAGAACGUAGGGGAAUGUGUCAAACUUAAAAGUCCACUGGGAGUCAAAUGGCACGAAGCCGUCAUCUACGUCAACAGCUGCAUCUUCGUUGCUGUGCUGGUGAUACUGAUUGGAUGUUACAUUGCCAUAUCCAGGUACAUCCAUAAAUCCAGCAAGCAGUUCAUUAGCCAGUCAAGCAGGAAACGAAGACACAAUCAAAGCAUUAGGGUGGUGGUGGCUGUAUUUUUCACCUGCUUUCUGCCCUACCAUCUGUGUAGAAUACCCUUCACUUUUAGCCACUUAGAUCGGCGUUUAGACAGCUCUGCCCACAAGAUUCUUUAUUACUGUAAGGAAAUGACCCUUUUCCUGUCCGCGUGUAAUGUAUGUCUGGAUCCCAUUAUUUACUUUUUCAUGUGUAGGUCAUUUUCAAGAAGGCUGUUCAAGAAAUCGAACAUCCGAACUCGGAGCGAGAGCAUCAGAUCGCUUCAGAGUGUCAGAAGGUCCGAAGUCCGUAUAUAUUAUGAGUACACCGAUGUAUAG